UGGAAGAGUGACCUCAAGUGUUCCACUAUCUUGGAUCGUUAAUCAUCUGUCACCAUUGCAGAUUCAAAGUUACGUCGUGCUGUGAGAGACCGAUACUGACCCAAAUGGGCGUUAAUUAGUGCUUAGCAAGUCUCAUUGGCGGCCACUGUUGCCAAUGCCUCAGGCGGACGAUAUGUUACGCCACCAUGUCCCGAGUCACGUGGAAACCCACUACACGCGGCUGUGAGACUCAACUUGUUCCGUCACAAAAGGUGCAGACGAUUCCACGGCAGCCAACUUGAGACCACCUUUACAGUCCCAGGCCACAAUUUAUUCAUCCCAGAGCGCAAGAAGACCCAGAGGAGAGCUCACAUUACCUCCCAUCGGUACCUCUCUCAUCAAAGAUCAUCAGCCUCGUAUCCCCCUUCUCCAUCGCCUUCGCCAUCCCCAUCGACACUACUGAUAUCUCUUGCCCGCCAACUUUGCUCGCGGCAUGUCCGCAACAGCGUCGGGGUCUGAUGCCCGCGCAAAUGGGUCGGCCACUUCUCGCGAACAUAGCCAGGGCAAUCAAGACCGCAAAUUUACCCCGCAACAGAAGGCCGAAGUCAUCCGUAUUCGACGAUGUUCGCCGACCUCAUUUUACGAAAUCCUCUCCGUUGAAAAGACGUCAUCGGACGGCGAGAUCAAGAAGGCAUAUCGCAAGAUCAGUCUGUUGACGCAUCCAGACAAAAAUGGCUAUGAUGGGGCAGAUGAGGCAUUCAAAAUGGUAUCGCGAGCCUUCCAGAUCCUGUCCGACCCGGACAAGAAAUCUCGCUACGAUCAGUUUGGAGGAGACCCGGACAGUCGAUUCUCUAGCAGUAGUGCCGCUGCCGCGGGAGCAAGUCCUUUCAGUGGGUUUGCACGAGCGUCCGGACGAGGUCCUAUGUACGACGACGAGAUCUCCCCAGAAGAGCUCUUUAAUCGAUUCUUUGGUGGUGGCGGAAUGGGACCAGGAGUUUUUGGUGGUGGAUUCGGUGGCCCGCAGUUUGUAUUCAACAUGGGAGGAGGUCCAGGAUUCACAGUCCAUCGGAUGGGAGGGGGUGCGCCGCGGAGGAGACCCAGAACCGCCAACGAACCUGAAGCCAGUGGCAUGUCGGCGCUGACUCAAUUACUGCCUUUGCUGUUAUUGUUCAUUCUUCCACUUCUAUCUUCAUUUUUCUCUGGAAGCUCUUCGCCGUCGGGCCCUCAAGUACGAUUUGAUACGGCCUCACCACCACACACCAUGCACCGAGUCACACCGCGGUACCGAAUCGACUAUUUCAUCAAUCCCAAGGAAGUGGAAGGAUGGAAGGCUCGACAAUUCAGUGCCUUAGAUCAGCAGGCUGAAGUGGAUUAUGUGACCACGUUAAAAUAUCAAUGCGAGAACGAAGUUCAUCUAAAACGACAGGAAAUCAACGAUGCAACGGGCUUCUUCUUUACGGAUGAGGAUCGAGUUCGGAGGGCAAGAAACAUGCCUAUGCCUGGAUGUCGACGGUUAGAUGACUUGAAAUUACGACAGCAAUAGUGGCGGAUGGGAUUGUAUCACUGUUGGGCGUUUGGCUGGUGAUCGAGCGAUGGACAGGAAUGUCAUGUCUGUCCUGUGAGGUUUGUCCUUUGUAGUGGACAUGUGGACAAGAUAAUCCAAUAAAUUUCAACCAGAGUCUGAGUGUGUUUGUCAUGUCCAUCAAAUCCUUGAACAAUGGAGGGAAUGACUGUUGGAACUGGAGGACUGGGACCGAUACAUCACAAUACAAUGUCGAUGGGUCAGCGCCAGGCACAGAUGACUAAUUGACUGUUGAAUUCCAAUACAUUAGUACCUGACCAAGAGCCAGUGGCAUUUUCGGUGCACAUACAUCCGUUUGCAAUUGCGACUUCGGUUUCUA